CAGAGGAGCCCAAGGUCGGGAUAAAGACGAUCAAGAUGUACUGCCAGAGGAUGCAGGAGGAGAACAUCACCAGAGCGCUGAUCGUGGUGCAGCAAGGCAUGACCCCCUCGGCGAAGCAGUCCCUGGUAGAUAUGGCUCCCAAGUACAUCCUGGAGCAGUUCCUGCAGCAGGAGCUCCUGAUCAACAUCACGGAACACGAGUUGGUCCCGGAGCACGUUGUCAUGACAAAGGAAGAAGUGACUGAGCUACUGGCCAGAUAUAAGCUGAGAGAGAACCAGCUCCCGAGGAUACAGGCCGGGGAUCCUGUGGCCCGGUACUUCGGAAUAAAGCGUGGUCAGGUAGUGAAGAUCAUAAGGCCGAGCGAGACUGCGGGCCGCUACAUCACCUACAGGCUGGUGCAGUAAUCUGGAGCUAUCGGGUGUGGAAGAGUUGUGUGACACCUCGCGAUCCUCCCAUCCACCGGCAAUUUACAGACGUGCUGAGACGUCUGCCUUUUCAUAGAUGGCCAAGAAAAUUCUCUUUCCGUGUUGCCUCUAUGCAGUUGUGUUACUUGGCCUAAUUCCUUGUUUUCCAGCAUGGACUUUGCUGUAACUCCUUGCUCUUCGCUAAGGACUCGUGCCAUGGAAGUAACCUGAAGCAACUGAUUUGUGCAGGGAGGAAGCGAGUGGAAAAAGGCUUUUGCUUUCCUAUUUUAUUUAUAGGAUCUUACUUUUAAUAAAGGUUUGUACUCUCGCUGUU